GCCUUUAGCGGCCUCCCGAGCCAACACUUUAUGGUCAGAUGCAUGUUACCAUGGCACCUAAACAACAUAAUCCCACGCAAACGACGCACUCAAGAGUUUAUCCGAGAAAUGUGGAUGUUUGCGUGUUUUAUUAUUAUUCAAAUAUUCCAAAUACGUAUUUAAAUUGUAUUUUCUAUACGUUUUGAGGUUAUUUGUUUGUGUUUAGUUAUAAGGUUGAUAGGAAUGUUUUGGCAGUAAGUCAAUUUUGAUCAACACUUCGACUCCACGAUGUUUAAAAACACAUUUCAAAGUGGAUUUCUAUCCAUUCUCUAUAGUAUUGGUAGUAAGCCGUUGCAGAUAUGGAAUACAAAGGUGCGAAAUGGCCAUAUCAAGAGAAUUACAGAUAAUGACAUUCAGUCUUUGGUUCUUGAGAUUGAGGGAACUAAUGUCAGCACCACAUACAUCACCUGCCCAUCUGAUCCAAAGAAAACCCUUGGCAUCAAACUGCCCUUUCUUGUCAUGAUCAUCAAGAACUUGAAGAAAUACUUCACUUUCGAAGUUCAGGUCCUGGAUGAUAAAAAUGUGCGGCGUCGGUUUCGGGCCAGCAACUACCAAAGCAUGACCCGGGUCAAACCCUUCAUCUGCACCAUGCCCAUGAGGCUUGACGACGGCUGGAACCAGAUCCAGUUCAACCUGUCGGACUUCACCCGCAGGGCCUACGGCACCAACUACAUCGAGACCUUGAGGGUCCAGAUCCACGCAAACUGCCGUAUUCGGCGAGUGUACUUCUCUGACCGCCUCUACUCUGAGGACGAGCUGCCUGCAGAGUUCAAGCUCUACCUGCCCGUCCAGAACAAGAUCAAGGCAUGAGACCGAGCCAACUCAGUCACACACAUACCAGAAAUAAAGCUACUUUCAAUUUUGUGGAAUGCCUCAAU